AUGGAGAGGCUGGAUGACAAAAUGUAUGAGAGUACCAGGAUUUCAGUUUUAGUGAACAGCAACCCCACUUCAGAAUUCGACGUAGGUAGAGGUUUGAGGCAAGGUGAUCCUUUAGCGCCUUUUCUCUUUUUGAUAGCAGUGGAAGGGCUUAGUUUAAUGAUGUCGAAAAGUGUUCAAUUGAACAAGUUCGAAGGGUAUGAAUUCGGCUCUGGAGAGGUUUUCGUGUCGCAUCUCCAAUACGCAAAUGAUACACUAAUUAUGGAAAGAAGUGCUGGAAAAAUAUGA